GUGGUACCACCUCGACAACUGUGUCUCUGCAAGGAUCGCGCGACACACAUACGGCACACCUAUGAACCCGUGGUACAACGCCUCCGAUCCUGAACAUGUCAGUCGCAAGGAUAAGGUCUAUACUGCCCGUGGGAGGCUUCGCCACCCUAGUACCUAAGGGAACCUCCGAGCAGGAAACGAAAGAGUUCAGUUUUGCGGUUGCCUCGUACUACGCGCAGCCUCAAGACAUGUCCCUAUCAGCCUCUCUGAUGGCUUACCGGGGACGCGUCGCUGUAUCGCACUGGAUGGAUGUGGAGCUGGCAUAUUCAUUCUUCACGCUCUGUCGUGUCACGGCCGAGCCCCCACAGAGCGCAUGGAACAAGCACGACGGCCCGAAAAAGUCUUACCGGGAGCAGCAUUACGAUGUUAUAAUGCGGGUCAACGGAGAUGAAGGCGCAGAUCGGUUGGUGGGAAAAUAACUGACAGGGUGUUCAGAAGAGGACGGCUACGGCCGCUGUGUAUGAUAACGGACUUUGAGCCGUCACAGCUCUCAACCAAAUCGGC